UGUCAAAGUCAAUGUCAACAUUUUUUCUGUGAUUUCGUUGUUACGUUACUUGUUUUUUUUAUGUUAUAAAUAUGAGAAAAUUCCGCUUAUACACAAAAUAAUACAACGUUCUUGAAAUGUUAUCGGACUCCAACGCCUUACACCUGUAUUAAAAGCGGUAUUAAUAAAAAAAACCGGUCUAACAUGACGAGUGCUACUAUUCAGGAGAUCGAAGGGAUAGACGACUACUGGGGUCCGGCGUUCCGUUCGGUGUACGAAGGUGACGGACAUGAGGCGUUUGUGCAGCAACUUGACGAGCGCAUCAAGCAGCAUGACAAGGAGAUCGAGAAACUAUGCAACUUCCACUACCAGGGCUUCAUUGACUCAAUCCGUGAGUUGCUCCAAGUUCGCUCACAUGCAGAAGAGCUGCAUGCUGAGAUAUCUAAUGUGGAUGCCAAUGUCAAGGAGACUACAGAAGGUCUCUGCUCUCGGGCCGAGGAGUUGAUCAGGGCUCGGCGCGUGGAGCUGAACAUCGCAGCCACAAUAGAAAAGAUGGAGCUCUGCCUCCCGCUGCUUACUACUUACUCCAAGUUGAAGACACAGGUCGAGGCUAAGAGAUACUACCCAGCCCUGAAGACCCUCGAGCAACUAGAACACGUUCUACUACCGCGCGUGGGGCCAUACAAGUGGUGCGCGCAGAUCGCGGCCGACAUACCGCGGCUGCGCCAAGCCAUACGGGACGCGUCCAUGGCCGACCUCAGGGGGUUCCUGGAGAACAUACGCCGGCUCAGCCCGCAGGUUGGUGCGAUGGCAUUGAAGCAAACUCAAGACAUGCUCGGUAGAAGCUUGGCUACUAUUGUAAAAUCUAAGAAGGACAUGGCCGUGCUCGGCAUCGCUCGCGAGAACCUGGGACCGCAGUGUCCGCACGAGCUGGUGGACUUCAGCCCGCUGCACCGCUGCCUGCACAUCCACGGCGUGCUGGGCGCCAAGAACGACUUCAUACAGUACUACAGAGCACAACGCAAGCAGCAAGCGCGUUUGGUGCUGAUCCCGUCAGGUAACCUUCACGACAACAUACAAAGCGUGAAGAACUACCUCAACGCAGUGCUGGGGUUCUUCAUACUGGAGGAGCAUCUUCUGAGCACUGGCGCAGGGCUGGUUUCAAAGGAUUGGCUUCUAGACACAUGGAGUAUGUCGGUGACCAAGGUAGCUUCGACUCUACGGACCAACACAUCGCUCAUCACAGACCCGACCCUCAUGUUGAGCAUCAAGCAUCAGAUAGUGCUGUUUAUUAACACGCUCAAAUGCUACGGGCUGCCCGCGGAUCCGCUCCCACUACUCCUCCAAGAGAUGGCAGAGCACUACACGGAGGUGCUGAUGCAACGCUGGGUGGUCGUGUUCAGGGAUAUACUUGACAACGCCACCUUCCUGCCCAUCGAGGUGGCCGAUCAAGAGCAAUACGACGGCGUAAUGGACACAUUCCCUUACGACGGAGAAGAAUUGGAAGCCCAAGGUUUUCCCAGGAAGUUCCCAUUCUCGUCAAUAGUCCCCGCGGUGUACGUGCAAGUGAAGGAGUUCAUAUACGCGUGGCUCAAGUACUCGGCCGGCCUCGGCCUCGGCGGAGGCCGGCGCGCGGCCGCGGCCAGGCACUCGGCCUCGCUGCUGUUGAGCAGAUCCUUCACUGGCUGUCUGUCGGCGCUGUUCCGGCAUCCUUUGCCACUGAUGCAACUUGUCCAGAUAAUCGUGGACACCCACUAUCUGGAAGACGCGACCAUAUGUCUCUACGAGUUCAUUAGCAACAUCACCGGUUCAGAGCUGGUCACUACACAGGCUGCUGGCAGCAUGUUCCAAGCGGCCCGCGACGACGCAGAGAAGCAAAUCUGCGACAACCUCGAAAAGAAAGUGGACGAGUUCCUUGACCUCGAGAACUACGACUGGUUGCUGGUCGAACCGACCGGACAGGCCUCCGCAUUCGUUACAGACAUGUUAAGCUACCUGUCCGGGGUGCUGACUUCUUUAGAACAACUACCAGAACGGGCCAGAGUGGCAGCAGUGCGCGCAGCGACCAACCGCAUCGCGACCCGGCUGCGCAACCUGCUGCUCGACCCCGCCGUCAAGCAGAUCUCCUCCGGAGCGCUGUACCAGCUGGACCUGGACGUCAUACAGUGCGAGCAGUUCGCCGCCGGCGAGCCUGUACCCGGCCUCAGGGAGGGCGAGUUACUGGAGCAGUUUACUAGUCUACGCCAACUCCUCGACCUGAUCACCGGCUGGGAUUGGUCGUCCUACCUGCACGACAUCAACAUGGAAGGCAACAAGUACAACCUGGUGACUCCGCGCGACGCCGCCACGCUGCUCGAGAAACUGAAGGAAGCAGAGUCGAAAUCUUCCGUCUUCGCUGUUUUAAAGAAGAACGAGAGGGACAGGAGGAAGCUGCUCGAUACCGUUUUGAAGCAGUUGAAACAACUGCAAAAUCAGGAUGGCUAGAUAUCCUUAACUAUACCUAAGCACAGAAUAAGUAAUAGUACUACCGUACUGAAAGGAAACUUCCUACAAAACCGAAGUUUAACAGCGGUUCAGGGUCGAACCAUGCUGUCCCUUUCUAAUAUAUGGCACUAUCCAUUUCGGCUAAUUUUAGGGUUGUCAAAAUUCAAGCUAUUAUCUUAUCUGUGGUCGUGCACGCAAAGGGUCGUCAAGUUGUGUCCCUAAUAAUUGCUCGGAGCAAUGCUGAGCCGAACGGAGCCGACCUUGUCCGAAGUCAGGAGUUUCGCACCCCUGACCUAAGGGUGGUACUCCAUCUGUCCAAUGUCGUUGCAUCUCACUCUCAUUAAGCAAAAUGUGAGACAAAAUACACAUUGGACAAAUUGGACAGGUGGACCACCCUUAUCACUCUUAUCAGCUAUAGCAAAGUAUCACCCUUUGUUUAACAAUGUAGCAGCAAGAAAACUUCGUGCCUCGAAUUUGAUAGCUGAGGUACAGUCGCCACCAGCGGCCGAGGUGUUCUAAAAUAUCUGAACAUGCACUCUUAACGCCUUGACAAUAGAGGCGUGUUCAGAUAUUUGUGAACGCCUCGGCCGCUCCGAUAUAUCUGAAGGCGACUGUACAUGUCACUGUAGCGCUAACUAGGGGCAGGAUUUUUUCUAAGACCUCUUUAACAACCAACUGUUUGGGUUUUAUCAGUAUUUUGUCUUGAAACUCUUGAGAGCGAUCAAUUUGUAUUGCUAAGCGCCACUUGCACCAUCCCACUAACCCGGGGUUAAGCGGUUAAACCCUUAAUCCAGUGUCAAAUUGUACUGGUAACCGUGGUAACUCCAGAUUUAACCGGUUAACCCCGGGUUAUUGAAUGUUGCAAGUGGCUAAUGGAAUUAAUAUCAUCAUCUUCCUCGCGUUGUCCCGGCAUUUUGCCACGGCUCAUGGGAGCCUGGGGUCCCAUGGAACCCUAAUGGAAUUAAUAUAUUAUAAAAUAUAUCUCUCAUAUUAACCCCUCGAGUCGCAAGCAUAGACAAAACAAUGUCAGAAACUUGUAAAGGCCCCUGUACACAAUGGGCCAGCGCCGACCAGUCAAAGGGACGCAUUUAUGCGUUAGAGGGAGCGAGGGAGCAAGUGAUAUUGCUAUCUCAUUCUACCGCAUGACUGCGUCCCUUGGACUGGCCGAAGCUGGCCCAUUGUGUACAGGGGCCUUAACGCUUUCGACUUUUCAUACAUUUUAUAUGAAAUCACGUGGGGUUAAGCUUUUAGUGCCUUUGUGUGUUAACUCUUUGACCGCUAAAUACGCCGCUACAACCCAUGGUAUAAUAAUAUACUCCGCCUGGUACUCCAUUCCCGUCUUUUCUAGGUCACCUAACUGACACGGGCCUACGUCAUCAUGCGACAGCGCUAUAUGAUAAUAUGCGAUAGCGCUAUAUAUAGCGGCCAUGUUGUUGUGACGUAGGCCCGUGUCACUCUGGGAAUGGAAGACCAUGUUUUAUUAGACUAUGCUACAACCCAAUAUCAACCAUCAUACAUUCCGAUAGGGUACAGUCAGCAGAAGCUGCAAAGCGGGUGAGGUGUUCAAAAUGACCUUGAUAGGCUCUUCAGGCCUGCGCAAACCGGCGGAGCGCAGCGCAGAUCACUUUAAAAUUAUCAAUGUGUUUUCUUCCCGAUUUCAAUUACCUUCAGGUAUAAAUUUAAAUGCUUUGAGACCGACCUCGGAGCAUCACAGAGGAUUGUUACUCCGCGGCAUCGAGGAGCACGCUAGAGGAUACUGCGGCGGUAGGCGCCGGCAUGCCGCGGCAUCCCCCGGCAUGCGCCGAGGCCUCCCGAUUGCGCUGGAGUAGCGCCGGGACGACGGGGGAGAACUCGUGCACACUAGUCACUAAUCCCUUGUGAUAGAGUACACGCGGCGGCAUGCCGCGGCAUCCCCCGGCCUGCGCCUAAGUGCUCCCUGGUGCGCCGGCCGCCAGCGCUCGGACUGGCGGGCGCUCGCGGUAUCGCGGGGGAUUUUACCUCGCCGGUAUGCGCUGCGCGGCGUAAAUCCUCCUCGGUGAUCUGCGCUGCGCUCCGCCAGUUUGUGCUGGCCUUUAUUCUCUUUACUAUUGUAAAUAUAUAAGUCAUGUCAAAAUCAUUUUGAACACCUGACCCGCUUAGCAACUUUUGCUGCUGACUAUACAAGCGCCGCACGCGAUAUGCGUGGCGUUUAAAGGGUUAACUGCCGGUUAGAUAGGGUCGCUUAGAACAUACAUAAUCUAAAAAUAGAAGAAUAAAAAUGGUAGUUUAUAACAAAAAUCAUAUGCAAUGGAUAUGAUAGGUUAUCCUGCCAUCAUUUAAUUUAAUUUGCCGCUUAUAUCCCGGCAUCUUUCAAGCCUUCAUAAAUUGAGAAUUUGUAAGAUCAAAAUCUAAAUUAUUUUCCACCACACCAGCUUCUAAAGGAUCUCUUUAUUCUUCAAAAAAAGAUGAGGAAAUAGCAUUUUAUCCACUAGAGUAGCAAAGUAAUUUCAUGCAAAUUCCGAGUUGUAUCCUCACGGUAGAAUUGAUUUUAAGUGAUGAUAUUGAAUGAUAAAUAUGUAAUAGAUCAUUUAUAAUGUUUUACAGUUCGUAUUAUGCGCGUUGGUGUGAUGAAAAAUGUUGUGCUUCACUUGGCAGCAAUGUUUGUUUAACCCUCGUGCCUUGAAACACUCGCCACGCUCAAGAUUCCACUUUUCGAACCACUCGCUGCGCUCGUGGUUCAAUUUUAGUAUCUUUCGCAUGCUCGGGUAUCAAUAUUAGCGCGAAGGGUUAAACAACAACUUUGCCCCCUUGUAAAACAAAUAUUUCCUUAAUUUUCGAUGUAGCUACGAAAA